AUGCAGCUCCUGCCGCUGCUCGCCUGGGUGCUGCUGCCAGUUGAGGCCGGGACGGAGCCCCCGAGCGGCUCCGGGGGGGCCCCGACGGGCGGGGCGGGGGUCGGCGGCGGUAGCAGCACUCCCGCAUCUCCGUGUGUCUCCCCAGGCUGCUGGGCGGUGAGGGGGCCCCGCACCGUGCGGGGGUUCCUGGGGGGGUCCCUCUCGGUGAGCUGCACGUACCAGCAUGGCCAUGAGAUGAAACCGAAGUUCUGGUGCACACCGGGAGGACUUGUUUCUACCUGUGAUACUGACAUCGUCAUCACGUCGGCGGAGCACCCUGUAGUGCGGCGGCACCGAUUCUCCAUCCAGGACAAUCGCACAGAGCGGGUGUUCACGGUGACCGUGGAGGGCCUGGUCGAGGGGGAUGCAGGCACCUACAUCUGUGGGGUGCGAACGGGUGUGCUCCAGCGUGAUGUGAGUGCCGAGGUGGAGGUGAUCGUGUCCCCAGCACAGAUGUCAACGCAAGUCCCCGUCCUCCCUCUAACCAUGACUGAGCCACCUCUGGUAACGUUCACACCAGCCCCUGUCUUCUCUCCGACCACCCCCCAGACACCCACCGCAACGACAGACUCUCCGCUGCAGCCCCACGGCCCCUUCCGCCACUUCCCGGUGCUGGCUGGGCUGCAGCUGCUGGCGCUGCUGGCCAUGAGCGGGGCCGUGCUCUGGGUCACCCUGCGGGGCGUGCGGUGGCACCGAUUCUCCAUCCAGGACAAUCGCACAGAGCGGGUGUUCACGGUGACCGUGGAGGGCCUGGUCGAGGGGGAUGCGGGCACCUACAUCUGCGGGGUGCGAACGGGUGUGCUCCAGCGUGAUGAGAGUGCCGAGGUGGAGGUGAUCGUGUCCCCAGGUCAGUCCCUGCACGCCCCCUCCCCUGCACGGCACCAGGGACCUCUCCGUCGGGGGGCUGGGGCCGGGCUGCAGGAGGAGAUGCCCCGACACUCACACCAGCCCAUCUUCCCUCCGACCACCCCCCAGACACCCACCGCAGCGACAGACUCUCCGCUGCAGCCCCACGGCCCCUUCUGCCACUUCCCGGUGCUGGCUGGGCUGCAGCUGCUGGCGCUGCUGGCCAUGAGCGGGGCCGUGCUCUGGGUCACCCUGCGGGGCGGCUGAGCCCCCGACGGGGACCCCACGGCCCGACGGGGCGGCUGGGCAGGGGGGCAGCACCGGGACCCGCCGGGCCCUUCAGCCUCCGGUUGCAAUAAAACUUCUC